AUCACCUACAAAGCUUUUUCAAGAAUAAUGUGAAAAAAAUAAAUAUUUAUAAUAUACUUCAAAUCGACAAUGGUAGCUAAUACAGAUAGGGUUUUUUUGUUAGUAUUGGUCUGAGCUAUUGGAAAUUGGUAAUUUAAAAUUCACAUUUAUUUGACAACUGCUUUGACAGUUCCAAAAUUAGAAAAAGAAAAAGACAUUGUAAUCGUGAACUUCAUUAUUUCAUUGUUAACCAUUUAUGUGUCAAUAUUUUUACUAUUAAUGUGAUCUUAUGUUUAAAUAUUGCAAAUACAACGAUAUCGUUUGCAAUAAUCAUAUACACAGUAGAAUUUACACAUGUAUGUAAAAAUAUGGUCUCGUAAUCUAUUUGGUAAAUAUGACAUUAAUGGUUAUUAUGAAUACAACAUAAUCGUAUGACGAGCAUAAUCAUGGGCAACUGCUUUAGAAGAUCAACUACAGAUGAUAUUUCAUUAUUAAGGGGUAGUGAUAGUGUAAGAGAAUCAUCAUCUGAUCAGUUAGGACCCCCAGCUUAUCAGGAAACUCUUCCAAUUCAGGCAGCUUCUCCUGUAUUUCAUCCAUCACCAAGUGUAACUCGCUCAGUUACCCAACUUACAGAGGAAGAACAGGUGAAAAUAGCCAAAAGAAUUGGAUUAAUCCAGCAUCUACCCACAGGGACAUAUGAUGGAUGCAAAAAAGCUAGAGAAUGUGUUAUUUGUAUGGGAGAAUUUCUAGUAGGAGAUGCACUACGAUAUCUGCCAUGUAUGCAUACCUAUCAUAUGACAUGUAUAGAUGAUUGGCUUAUGAGGAGUCUAACAUGUCCUAGUUGCCUAGAGCCUGUUGAUGCUGCCCUGCUCACUAGUUAUGAGACCAAUUGAUAGCCAGUGCCUUUGCAUCUGAAUCAGGCCAAGCUGUGAACUAUUCAGUAAUAACAUGAUAGGAGUACAUUCCAUCAAAAAUGUUUAAAAAUAUUAUAAUGUGGUUCAUUUAUGUAUUUUCAGUAUAUAAUUAUGUAUUCAUUAAUAUUAGAUUUCAGUUGUAAGAGUAUCAGAUGCUAGUAAUAGAAUCAACAUAUUUUUUUUUAAAACUACAGUGUGAAUAAUUCAUUAUAGUAAAAUAUAAAAUAUUUUUUUAUUUGUGAAACAGAAAUGAAUUUAUAAUAGUAAGACAAACAUUGUGUUUAUUAAACUGCUUGAUGGAGUGCACUUCUGUUGAAAAUGUCCACAUUUUGGCCAAUAGUGAAACACUGUGAUCUGAACUGAUUGUUUUUAGAGGGCGUGAAUGUUUUGUAUGAAAGGAGGCUGUGAUAAUUUAGCAAAGGAAUAACUAUAGGAUGCUUGGUCUAUUAUAUUUUAACUGUCACAUUGUGACAUUUCAGAUUUUUAUUUUUUAAUUGAAUAUAGUGAGUACUUAUGUUUAUAAUUUUUGGAGUUCUAAUAGUCAGUGUAUUGGUACCAGUAAAAAUAAUUUCAACAAUUCGAUUUGCACUUGGAUCCUGUAACUGAUUGAAGCUGACAUAUGCUAUGAGUCCAGUGAACUUGGUCCCGGAUCGAGGCACAUGUUUGGAUCAUUCAGGCAGCUUUCAGCUUCUAGUGGUCAAUAGGUUGUUUACUAGUAAAUUACAUACAAUAUUUUUUCUGUGGUCGAAUUUUGAAAAAAAAAAUAAUGCUAAAUUGUAUUUUUAAGUAAUUCAAUUAUUGGAUUUUGUAAAAAAGUAACAUUAAAAUUAAAAGGGUUCAAUAAUAUAAUUCAGAAUAUUACUACAGUUGAAUAUAUCCUUGGGUUGCACAAGGCCCCAGUAGAGCGACGCGGUGCGAGUGCCAUCUAUUGAGCAGUCAUGACAACAAGGCGUUGGCCAUGUUGUUGAUGAGUUUUUAAGAGAAAGGACAUACCGGAGCAUUGCUAGUGAUUAUUUUUUGAUGAAGUAUGGUUUUUUAAAGGGGAUAUAUAGGCAGAAUUUGACUCAUAUUUGACUCAUCAUGAUAGUGAGCGCUAUCAGGAGUGUGGUUGUGACCUGUUUGAGCUGCGGGACGAAGAUAUGGAUGAAAAUAACGAUCUCGCGUGACCGAAUUAGUUAGAAUGGAGUACCAAAGAAGCUAUGAAGAACUACAAGAGCUUAGAAACUCACAAUUUCCUCAUCUCUAACCUUGCAUUUCCUCAUCGUGUGAAAGUGCUGCCAGGGAAGCGUGCCACUUGUUGUGCAUGCAAGACCGUAGUGUUCUUAUUUCCUCUUGUUCUUCUGGAAUCAGGAUUUAACUCUUAUCACAUUUUGUCUUAAUGUCCGAAUAACUUUUCUUCUCACUUUCAUUGCUUUGAAUUCUCCUAAAUCAUUUUGUGAGUGUACUAUAUCUUUCCAUUGUAUGAAACAAUAUACAACUGAAUAGUGUUUCUUUCUUUCCACUUUUAAAGAUUUAAAUUUCCAUGUCUUGCGUCCCUAGGAGUAAUUGAGAUUUGUUUUAGAUAUUUAGAUAUAAAAUUUAGAUAUAAAAAUAUUUCCAGUCUUUUAGUUAGUCUUGUUCAGUCUCAUUAUUUUCUGUAUCAAAAACCCAAACUAUUUAGUCCUUGGUAGUAUCCUUCACACUUUAUUCAUCAAUCUAGGCUUUUGCAAAGACUGAAAAACGAAAUUUGGUGUAAUAGUUAAAUAGCAGUGGAUAUAUAUGAGGAGUCAGGUUGUUGAUAGCAAUUUCACGCACCCUACGACUCAUUUUUUACUACAACAUCGCAGUUCACCAUCUUUCAGUAAUUCUUCAAAAGAAUUGAUAGGUAUGGUGCCAAGAUCACCAUGGUUUGUGUACAAAAACGCAUCAACAAAAUGGCUGACACUCAGUUGUCGUAUCUACAUGGCGCUCGCGUCACAGGGGACAAAAAAUGCAACCCGCAUGAAUCGUUAAAAUCGUUUUUAUUCAAUGUAUUUCCCACAUUCAAGUUACUGGUGCCUUUACCAUAAAUUAUAAUUAUUUUUAAGAGCAUGAUUAAAAAUAUCGUGACUAAGUAUAUUUUUCAAGAUACAUAAAAAAACAUAGCAUUAGUUUCACUACACUCUUAUUGCAUUCUACCAGUAUUAUUAUUUAAGUGAUACAACAUUUCUAUAAUAGAUUUACAUAUCACGUUAAUAAGAAUAACAAUUUUUAAUACUAGAACUGAAAAACGAAUGCAAUUUAUGGAUCGCACUUAUAUAAAUAACUACCAAUAAGAAACAAUAGAAAAAUGUUCAAAUAAGCCUCUUGAGUAUUAAUUAGAACUAAAUCAUGAUAACAAGAUAGUUUAUUCAAUUAUAGAACAAUAAUCUUUCCUGUUUUUGAACUGUUUAUAAAAUAUUGCAUUUGUAUGGUCAUAAGCUCUUUAGAUUGUGUUUGGCGUCAUCAAACUUCACUAGAUCCAACUCGCAUACUAAGCUUAACAUAUGAAGGGCCACGGGGAAGAACGAUCACAGAAAAAUUGAACUGAUUAAAUUUUUCAAAGUCUUGAUGCUGCAAUACAUUAUUUAUUACAUUGUAACAAAUUAAGAAAUGCAUUUAGUACAUUGAACCUACACAAAUUAUUAUUUUUGCCAGAUAGCUACUGAGGAGGUUUAUCAAUUGGUAGGUCUUCUACUAACUCGAUGUCAUCUUCUUCAACAUACAGAAAAGGCGAUUACAGCAGAUGCUCAAAAUAUUGUCCAACAAGCUAUGCGAUUUGUAAAACUUUGCAAUACAUUUUGCAACAUCCCUGACUGUUCAAUUCUUCUUAUUUUUGUGGUAAUCUAAUCUUUUAAUUCCUUAAUAUUGACAGGUUUUGUUUUUUAUAAACGAUUUUUUAAGUGAUCUCACAGGAAAUAGUCUAAAGGAUUCAUGUCGGGUGAUCGCGGGGGCCAUUCGAUAAAAUCAUGCCUUCCAAUCCAUAUUCUGAGGUAGGACACCAUCUUGUUGUAGCCAAAUAUUGUCGUUUAGGAUAUUGUUAUUGUCUAAUUUCUUAUAUACAGGGUGAUUCAUUUGAAAACACAAAGUUCAUUAUUUUUCCGGAAAAAGGAAAGAUGUGACAUCAAUGCAAAUACCGGCCGUAUCACAAGACCCUAGUACACAAAACUUUAUAAAAAUCGUACUAAUUGCAUGUAGUAAUAAACCAGGACAAAGAAAUUGGUCAAGGGAAUCACAUUUUGGUUAAUUUGAUUCAUUUUUUUCUACUAAUACCCAAAAUUUCUUUCGUUUCGGUAUAUCUACAGGAAUUAUCUGCAAAAAACUCUGGCCUGCUAUUUGCUUCAAAGCGCUCUACAGAAAAAUGCGCUCAAAAUAAAGAUUUUAAUUAGUGAGAGCUGCUUUUUUUGCCCAAUACAGGACAAAUCAAUUCCAGUAUUAACGAUCACUUUUUAAAAGUUAUUUCCUAUUAACAAUUUUUCAAUGGAAAUUUGAUUUAAAAAAGUUUGUUAGAUUGUACAUUCAUGUUUAUGUAUUGAAAGUUCGUGAUAUAUCCGGUUUCGAACGGCCCUUCAAAUUUUCAUAAAAUGCUUGUACGAAUGGUAAGGCUAAUACAUUAGAAAAAAUGUUGUCAAACAAUUGUAAAAUUGUACGUUUUCUGUUUAUUAUUUAAAUCUGAAAAUAUGAUCAAGUGCAGUAUUUUACAUAGAUGCGCUGUGUUUAUUUACUAGAAUUAAUGAUUAAGCUUAUCUUUUUAAUCUUGUUUAUGCGGAUGUUUCAUAUGGUUAUUUCUCAGCUAUUAGAUGAAUCCUAUUGUAUAUACAUAAAUGAUUGUUCACCUUGUGUUAAUAUAGUCAGUUUUUAUUUUAUUUCAAAGUGGUGAUAGUCUUGGGUCAUUCCAUAUUGAAUCGACCACUGCAAAUAUAAUUUAUGUAUUUUUUAAUAUACUUCGGUUAGUUACACUCAAAAUUAUCAAUUCGACAAUAUUAUUUUAAUCAAUGACUUUAAUCAGAUUGAUUUUGUAUGUUGGAAUGGCUUCGUUCAUUAUGUAUGUAAAAUUUAAGAUAAUUAAAACAUAUUAUUUACA